CAGCCGUUGAUGAUGAUGAAAGUAGACCAAGAUGUUCUACUUGUCAUGAGUACGACAUGUGCCGUGGCAAAAGGUGUAAAGGGCGCAUGGUGAAGGAAUCCCAAUAUAUUAGAGUCCGAGAACCUGGAAGGCCGAUUGAUUGCACACUCCCACACAGAUACCGGCUCAACAAUCACAAUCAAAGCAAUGGUGAUGUCCCCCAAGAGUCUUUUCUGGGCGUUCAUCAUAGUAGUAGAUGAUACUGCAUAGGGAACCAAUUACAGUAAUGGAACAAAAUGCUUGGCGGUUAUUGCUCUCACCAGCGAAGAAUUUUCUUUUUUCAUUUAUCCAUUUCGCGCGUGAGUGCAG